UCGUUUUCUCUCAUCUUUGAUUCCAUCCAUCUUCGUUUCUCCAUUGCUCUUCGUCGACCUCGCCGGCGAUGGACACCAGCGCUCGAUUUGGCGCGAUUCCGGCGCCUCCUGGCCCCCGUGGAGCCGGCCACCGGAGGGCGCACUCGGAGACCUUUCUCCGGGUCCCGGAUGAUAUCCUAUUUGAUGCGGAUGACUUCGGCAUCGAGCUCGACUUCCCCUCCCUCUCCGAUGAUGGCCCGGUACCCGCCGACGCCGGUCGGUCAGAGUCGUCAUCUGGGGGGAGCCGGCCAUCUGGCGGCGUCCACAGCAGGAGCCUUUCGGUUGAUGCUGCGUUCUUUGAUGGACUUGGAAUCCCAGCCUCGUCUGCCAGCCUGGAGAGGAAGCAAGGGCACCAUCGGCGGAGUGGAUCGAUGGAUGGAGCCACCUCUCCUUUCGAGGGGGAUUCGGCGUCGGCUUCGGACUAUGCGAAGAAGGCCAUGGCUGCUGAUAAGCUCGCUGAGCUUGCGCUGAUCGACCCUAAGAGAGCUAAGAGGAUACUUGCCAAUAGGCAAUCUGCUGCUCGUUCAAAGGAGAGGAAGAUUAGAUACACCAGUGAACUGGAAAGGAAGGUGCAAACUCUUCAGACUGAAGCAACCACUCUCUCUGCCCAGCUCACACUGUUGCAGAGGGAUACCACUGGCUUGACUGCUGAAAACAGGGAACUUAAGUUGCGCCUGCAGGCUAUGGAACAGCAGGCUCAUCUUCGUGAUGCUUUAAACGACGCAUUGAGAGAAGAAGUCCAGCGGCUCAAGAUAGCAACAGGACAGAUGGCGAACAUGAACGGGACCACCAUGAACCGGGGACUCCAGCAAUCAGCCGCGCCAUACUUCCCCCACCAGCAGCAGUUGCAUAACCAGAGUGGCCAUCACAACCAGCAACUUCAGGGAUCACACCAAUCUCCAAAUGGCCAAGCACUUAGUGACCAGUCACUGCAUGAUUCAAUGGACUUCAUGUGAUAGCGCAAGCCUACAACUUUAUUCUCCGGUGCCGAUAGCAUUGUUUGUUUCGCAGGAUGUUGUUCACUUAAACAGAGAAGAUAGAAAAGUAUUGUCACAUGUAUUAUACAUGCAGCAGCAUGCGUGGCCAUGUGUACUUAGUUAAAUUAAAGUUCUUUGUAUCAUAUAUAUAUAUAUAUAUUUGUAGUUGUAAUCCUUUACAUCUUGACAUGCUUGGUAAACCAUGGCAAGAAAAAGUAAUGGUCAUAUGUUGUAGAAAUAAUAUAUUUAUAUAUAUGUUUUAAAUUUCUGCUUGAUUGAUAA